AGGAUCAUACAAAUGAUCGUUGUCUAAUCCAAGUGUAAAAUUGAAAUUAUACGAUAGUGCGCAUCGAAUUAAGAGUAAAAAAGUCGAAAAAGAUCGCAAAAAAGAAGAAGAAUAGAAAGAAACGAUAAGAGAGCUGAUUUCAAAUCGAACGUGGAUCAACGACCCUGCUAGCAAAGAUGUUUCAUACGUGCACAUGGCACCCUGCAUUGUGCGAGGUCGCGUUGGAAAGGGGGAUGAAAGUGGGGGAGCCAACGUGGAUUUUGUGUCAAUAGCGUUAAUAGUGGGAGGGGACUGUGCGUCACGAGUAGCAGAUCAAAAUCGAAUGUAUAUUCGGGGGUGGCGUUAGCACUGAAUGAAGAAAGGCAGCUGACAGAGGUUGGGACCCCCCUGCGAAACCUCGAGUCGGACAGAAGCCAACAGAGAGCGUGCGGACUUUUGCUAGGUAGGGUAGUAGGUUGUAAGGGUAGUGCAAACCCCCUCCACCUUCGCCAAAGGACCCCAUUCUGCGUAGUGCAUAUUGUACUAGUGCAAGUUUGACGACUGUGAUUUUCGUUAUACCGUGACUUCUCCCCCCUCUUUCCUCUUCCCCUCUAGGACCUCCAGAACCUCAGAGAUCUUUGAAAACUGAAGCGGACAUACCAUUCAGUUUCUAACUAUUCGGCAAAAAGACACGAGAACUAGGAGCAGUGUUGAAGGUACUACCGUGCGGACUAAACGUGUGACUACAAAACUCUGCAUCAAGUUCGUCUGAUCAUUCGUGAUACUAGUGAAAUCUCAAUAUAUCAGUGAACGAAAUAAAUUCGUUGCCGUACAAGUCUGUCUCUUAUGGAUAAAAACGAAUUGUGCGUAUUCCUGUGAACACAUAUAAUACGUGAGCGUGUGUGUUCGUGUAAGGUGUGUCCGUGGCUGUGUCUACUUGCGCAUAUUGUGAAUUGCUGUGAUAUUAGUUAAAAUUAAAUUUAAAUUUAUAUAACAAGAUGGAGUCUCCAUUGGCAAACUCGAACAACUUAUUGUCAAUUCCGAAUUUCAACGAGGAUGAUCUCUUUACUAUAUUUUUCAAAGAGAUCUUGCAAAAUCCGUCGCCGCAGGAAUCAUCAAAUAAUCCACCACACAACCCACCACAGAAUUCGCCACACAAUCCGCCACACAAUCUACCACACAACCCGCCAAAGAAUCUGACACACAAUCCGCCACACAAUCCGUCACACAAUCUACCACACAAUCCGCCACACAUUCCACAAUACCAGCCGACACAUCAGCUAAGACCUCAACAGCCACCAAACCAACAAAUGCAGCAAAAUUCAUCAUUAAAUUAUACGCAACAAUAUGGUCAAGAAUCGCAGAAAUUAUUGAAAACGAUUCUGCUACACGGCAAAGAAGCUAUAACAGAAGGUUACUAUGCAAAUCAAGAGGACUCAUCGGUUUCCAGCUCCAACAAUCGAAUCGCCUCGCACAAUUGGGAAGGCCCUGUGACCUCGGUAUCGAAAACAUCGCCGACAAUUGCCGAGGGUAACCAAUCUGUUGCCAGCUUGCAAGAGCCAUAUCGACAGCAGCAAAUUUUUAAUAAUUAUACCGCCGAUUCCACCAGUUACGAUUCUGCGAUUUCAUCGAGUCAACUAAGGAUACAGUCGCCAAACUUUUACUCCUUUCCUUCAUCGCAGCAAUAUCAGGACACAAACUGUAACAACAAUAAUAAUUACAAAGAAAAACCUAGACACAGAGACAGACAAAAGCAACUUUCCUCUAACAACGGUCCCGCUUCGUUUGCGUGGGUAAACAAAACUAAUGUUAAUCCAACAACCGGAAUAGAGCAGAAACGCACGAGGCAGACUUAUUCGCAGAAACAAACUUUCGAAUUAGAAAAAGAGUUUCAUACCAAUAAAUAUGUUACGAAACUACGCCGUCUUCAGCUAGCUGCAGAACUAACUUUAUCAGAACGACAGAUUAAAAUUUGGUUUCAAAAUCGAAGAAUGAAGGCUAAGAAGCAUGAAACACAGAAUGACUUAAUGCCUUCAUCUACGUCCGCACCAAUAAAUGAUUUAAGAGCACGCAUGAUAACGAUGCAACAGGAACAAAUAUUAAAUCCCUCACAACAGCCGCAACCGCAACAGCCGAUUCUGCAACAAUUCGAUGAAACAUACCAAAAUUAUUAUAACCCUCGAUUUUAUCACCAAGGUCUGCCUCAAAUGCGAUAUCACAAUGUCUAAAACUAUAUCAAACAAAAAUGCAAUAUUGAACCGAAAUGCAAUAUUAAACCAAAAUGCAAUAUUAAGCAUAGGAAGUUUGCAAUAAAGAACCAAAUGUAUUCAGGUAUAGACACGUCGGCGUUUUGAAGUCAGUCAGAGAUAACCUUCAGAAACGCACUAUGUCGAACUCGGAACACACAGUUGGUCCUUCACGCCGGUUCGUAAAGAGGGAAUGCCGCGACGACCGAGAUCGGGGCAGCUGACCUUGCAUCACUAUGAUUUAUGGACGAGCGAAACAACGAGCGUUCUACAACUCAGGUAUCAAAAAAGCUCGGCCGUUCACACCGCAUUUUCUUCGAAACAUUCUUUAAAUAACAUUACGUUUUACCGGGAAAUAUUUGCACACGUCAUUCUCAAAAAUAUUUUGACGUAUAAUAUAAAAUUCACAAUUUCAUGAUUAAUGACAAUAGUCGCAGUUAGAUCGCUGUCGCUUAACUUAUAUAUACAUUACCUGUACUUCGCAGGCUUAUAUAUUUUUUGUUCGAGGCCUAUAAAUGAGUAAAUUAAAAUCCUGCCUAUCUAAUUUUAACAAAUACCAUCAGAAUUAUUUCUCAUAAUAAAGCAAUAUUUUUUAUAAUCUUUACAGUAGUUUAUUUUUCUAUGAAUCUUUUGCCGAGAACAAAGAAUAUUGUUAUUGAUGUCAUUAGAAACAAUUAUUAAAGAU